AUGCUCGGCCUCCCCAACGCCGGCAAGACCACAAUCCUCUACCAACUAAAGCUAAACGAAGCCAUCACCACCAUCCACACCAACAGCUUCAACAACGAAACCAUCCAACUCCAAUCCGGAUCCCAAUUCACAAUCUGGGAUUAUUCGGGCUCCCCAGGUAACAUGGGAUUCUGGUACCGAUUACUCGAAGAGCGCGAACCAGUGAUCUUUGUUGUGGACUCUGUGGAGCGGUUGUGGUUUAGAGAGGCUAGGGAUGCGUUGAGGAACGCAAUGACGGAGGGUUAUCAGCCGUUGUUUGGGAUUGUGUUGGUGCUUUGUAGUAAACAGGACAUGCCGGACGCGGCAUCGGUGGAGGAGAUUAGAGAUGUGCUGGAGUUGGAUAGGUUCUGGAAGUAUGGGAUGAGGUGGCAUAUUCGAGGGGUUUCUGGGGUGACGGGAGAGGGGCUUUUGGAGGGGCUGGAGUGGUUGGAGACGCAGCUUCAGGGUCCUGCUUUGCCUGUUCUAAAGCACAAGUAG